AGGAUCGCUUUGAGAGCUCACUCCCUCGCAGCGCUUGGAGGCAGCUGAAGCUGGUUUUCUUAGUUUUCCUUCGGGUCCGGUGUGCACGGGAGGCUUUUGAUCCCCUUUUCAGCAUGGAUUCUUUCCCCGUGAUUUUCUCUCUGCUCUUCGUGGCUUUCCAAGGAGCGUCAGAGACAGCAGUCUUGGGCGCUGAGCUCAGCACGGGCGCUGAUCCCCGGGAAGAGAAGUCCUCUCCCAGUGCACCCUGGCGGCCCCGCCGGACCAAGCGCUGCUCCUGCUCGUCCUUGAUGGAUAAAGAAUGUGUCUACUUCUGUCACCUCGACAUCAUCUGGGUCAAUACUCCCGAGCAUGUUGUUCCAUAUGGACUUGGAAGUCCUUCUAGAUCCAAGCGAGCCUUGAAGGAUUUAUUUACUACAAAGGCAACAGACCACAGGAAUAGAUGCCAAUGUGCUAGCCAAAAAGACAAGAAGUGCUGGAAUUUUUGCCAAGCAGGAAAAGAACUCAGGGUCCAGGACACUAUGGAGAAAGGCUGGAAUAGCCAUAAGAAAAGAAAAGACUGCACCACGCUUGGAAAGAAGUGUAUUUAUCAGCAGCUAGUGGAAGGAAGAAAAAUCAGAAGGUUGGAGGCCAUCAGCAACAGCAUCAAAACAUCUUUUCGAGUAGCAAAACUGAAAGCCGAGCUCUACAAAGAGCAGAAAGUGACCCACAACCGAGCACAUUGAUUACAGGUCUUCUGGGUUUGUCUGAAGCCAUCGCCUUCAUGGAGAAAGCUGUAUGGCUGACUGUACUCCCUCCAUGCUGGCUGGGAUCAGAGCAGGAGUGUCCUCCCUGCUUAGACCAUGUUUUGUUCCAGACUGGCAAAGGACAGUGUCUUUGUUCUAAACAUUCCAAGAAAGGUUAAGAAGUUUCCCCAAGCUGUCUUAAUUUGCUUUCAUCCCAUCCGUGGUAACUGCUUUUGUCUUUUCUUUCACCUGGGAAUGACAAUGGACCUCUCAGAGAGCAAGCGGAAAGACAUAAUAACAUUCGAAUUUGGGUGGCAUCUUCCAGAAGGAGGAAGGAGAUUCCACAUGAGGGUGGAGUUUCUGAAGACCGUCCUAAGGGAGUGUUUGUGUCUGACUCAGGCGCCUGGCACAUUUCAGGGAGAAACUCCAAAGUCCACUCAAAGAUUUUCUAAGGAAUGCACAAAUUGAAAACACACUCGAAAGACAAACACAUGAGUUAAAAAAAAAAGACUUAAAAAAUUCAUAAAAUGCAAAGCUGAAUGAAACUGUUACUACUGUAAAUCAGGAUGUGUUUCAUGAAUAUGAGUCUACCUCACCUGUAUUGCACUCUAGCAGAAGUAUUUCCCCCCUUUAAAUAUUGCCUUCCUAAAAUCUUUCCCUUCCUGCUGCCCCCUCCUCUAAAUCCUUAUACUAAAUUCUAGCCUCAUAGAAGUCUGCUCUAAUGUGUCAGCGGUAGAUAUAAUCUAUUCAUGGUAAUCUACUAGCUCUGAUCCAUAAGAAAAAGAAUCUUUAAAUCAGGAGAUUCCCUUACCUUGAUUUUUGGAAACACAAUGGUAUGGGACUGUUUAUGAAAGGUAUUGGCAAGUAAAUGCUGGUUGUGCUUUAAAGCUGGAAAAAUGAUUUUCCUUUAUAUAACUGGCUAAUGGAAGAGGUUGGAUUUGAUGUACUUAUUUUUUAUAGAUAUUUAUAUUCAAACAAUUUAUUCCUUAUGUUUACCGUGUUAAAUAUCUGUUUGGACAGGCCAUAUUGGUCUAUGUAUUUUUUAAAAUGUAUUUCUGAAUGAAAUUGAGAAAAUGCUUUGUUUUGCCUGUCAAGGUAAUGACUUUAGAAAAUAAAUAUUUUUUUCCUUACUGUA